GACGCAUACGGGUGGUUAGAUGUCAACCUUCUAGUGCUGCACAAAUCACAUGUUAUUCAUUCAUGAUAAACGUGAACCUCAAAACUAAGUUUAGAGUUUUCACGGUUUUGGCUGGCGAGGAGAAUGUUUUUGCCAUGCAGACAAGCGCUGCAAUUUGUCCUCAGGAGGCACAACUGUCGACUUUUCUCCGUUUCCCAAAGCAGCAGGAACGCAAGAAAAGGAUUGGUAUUGGGAGUUUAUGAGAAGGAUAAAAAUGGUGACAGCACACGAUUCACGGAGGCUGGCGCUGCAUUCGACACUUCUGUGUCGGGGAAGUUGAGUCAGAUGCUCACAAUAUCCGGCCCACCACUGAAGAAAGGCAGGAGUCGCGUGUUUUAUGGACUUCAUGAGGACUUCCCUACUGUGGUAGUUGUUGGCCUGGGAAAUAGCUCAGCCGGGGUUUGUGGCAAAGAAAACUGGGACAUCUGCAAGGAGAAUGUCAGAGCCGCAGUAGCAACUGGCUGCCGGGUGCUGCAGGGCUUGGAGGUCCCUGUAGCGGAGGUGGAUCCAUGUGGGGAUGGACAGUCGGCUGCCGAAGGUGCUGUGCUCGGCCUCUUUGACUAUGAUGACCUCAAGAGCAAAAAGAAGUUCAAAGUCACCCCUCAGCUGUAUGGCAGCACAGACCGUGCUGCGUGGGAGAAGGGCGUUUUGUAUGGGGAGGGUCAGAACCUCGCCAGGUGGCUCAUGGAAUCUCCGGCCAAUUAUGUAACUCCCACAGUGUUUGCGGAUACAAUUGAACAGAAGCUUGCAUCUCACUCAGAUCGAGUGGUCAUCUACAAGAGACCACAGGUAUGGAUUGAAGAACAGCAAAUGGGAGCCUUUUUGAGUGUGUCCAAAGGUUCGGAGGAACCUCCUGUCUUUCUGGAGGUGCAUUACAAUGGAAAUCCAGACAACAGCAAAGCACCCCUGGUGCUAGUAGGCAAGGGCAUCACAUUCGACAGUGGUGGAAUCUCUCUGAAGCCGCCCUCCGGCAUGGACGCCAUGAGGGCAGACAUGGGCGGGGCUGCCACUGUGUGUUCCGCCAUCGUCACGGCAGCAGCUCUGAGAUUGCCAGUCAACAUCAUAGGUUUGGCCCCACUAUGUGAGAACAUGCCCAGUGGUAAGGCCAACAAGCCAGGGGAUGUUGUCAGAGCAAAGAAUGGAAAGACCAUACAGGUGGACAACACGGAUGCAGAGGGCAGACUCAUUCUGGCUGAUGCACUGUGUUACGCCCACAGCUUCAACCCUAAGGCCGUGGUAAAUGCUGCCACGUUAACAGGGGCCAUGGAUGUAGCGCUUGGCUCAGCAGCAGCAGGGGUGUUUACAAACUCCGACUGGCUGUGGGGACAGUUACAAAAGGCGAGCGUUAUCACGGGUGACAGGGUGUGGAGGAUGCCUCUCUUUCAGCACUACAGCAGACAGGUCACUGAUAGCCAACUGGCAGACCUCAAUAACAUUGGAAAAUACAGCCGGUCUGGCGGGGCCUGCACUGCUGCGGCGUUCCUGAGGGAGUUUGUGAAAGCUGACCACUGGGCACACCUGGACAUUGCCGGCGUGAUGUCCAACAAGGAUGAGGUGCCCUACCUGCGCAAGGGGAUGUCUGGAAGACCUACUCGCACACUGGUGGAGUUUGCAGCUGGCCUUGUCUCUGAAUCGUAAUGUUGUGUUGGUGGCCACAGGGACCUCUGUGUGCUCCUGGGAUUUUUAAACCUUUCAGAAAUACAACUGAUGACAAAAGUGGCUUAUUUUUUUGGUUGGAUGGGCACAUCGUCCUGGAUUGAAAUCACAUCUGUAAGGUGAUAAAGAUAACUUCCGUUAUGUGUAUUAUGUCUCAUCCUGCCAUAGGUCUGAUGAUUUUAAUAUAUUUGUAUACUUUGUUAUUAAAAUAAUUGUUUUGAAUUAGAAACAGAAUGUGAUUGUAAAAAUAAAUAAAUAAUGUUAUUUACUCCUA